AUGGCCGCCGUCGCCUCUUCCUCUGCUGUCCGCGUGGCUGCCGUGUUCGGCGCCAAGAACCAGAAGCUCAAUGCCAAGAGCUUCGCCGGCGCUUCCCUCGCCGUGAAGGCCGCUCCCGCGCGCCUGACCAUGGCUGCGGAGGCUCCCGCCGGCUUCUCCCCUCCCGAGCUGAAGUCCGACACGCCGUCGCCCAUCUUCGGCGGCAGCACCGGCGGCCUUCUCCGCAAGGCCCAGGUCGAGGAGUUCUACGUGAUCACGUGGGAGGCCAAGAAGGAGCAGAUCUUCGAGAUGCCCACCGGUGGUGCCGCCAUCAUGCGCGCGGGCCCCAACCUUCUGAAGCUCGCCAGGAAGGAGCAGUGCCUCGCGCUCGGCACCCAGCUCAGGACAAAGUUCAAGAUCAACUACCAGUUCUACCGCGUGUUCCCCAGCGGCGAGGUGCAGUACCUGCACCCCAAGGACGGCGUGUACCCCGAGAAGGUGAAUGCUGGCCGUGCCAACGCCAACGUGAACCUGCGCUCCAUCGGCAAGAACUGGAGGCAGGUGCAGACACGUGGCAGGUAUGCAGAGUACCCACGUGUCACACAUGCUGCCGUGGUGCAUCCACAGCAUGCCACGUGGCUGCUCAUCCACGGGGGAUACGGUGGCAACGGACCCACGCUCGAGUUCCUCGAUGAUCUCUGUGUACUCGAUACAGACUCGCUGAGCUGGCAUGACCUGAGCCCCUCAGGCUCCCCGCCCCCCGCGCGCGGCUACCACUCCAUGACAAACCUUGCCGGCCGCGCCAUUGUCUUUGGGGGGAAGACCAAGCAGCGGGCCGACAAGGAGCAGCACAGCCUCUGGUACGUCCCUGGCACGCUUACUCUAGGUGAGCUUCAGGUGCUCUUGCACCCCUUCCACCUCAUCCUCCCCCAUUGCCCCAUGCCCCAUGCCCACCAGUCCUCCCUGCUCCUCUCUACGCCUCCCCACCCCGCCAACCCCCAGGGCGUACAACCCGCUAACCAACGCGUGGGAGCAGCCUUUUUCCCACCCUCACGGUGGCACCAGGGGAAACCUCACACUUCCCCCUUCUCCCCUCCUCUUCCCCCUCUCCCUUUCCCCAGGGCGUACAACCCGCUAACCAAUGCGUGGGAGCAGCCUACAGUAGCAGCAGGGGGGCCUCAUGCGCAGCCGCGGUCCAAUCACGCUGCGACAGGUGUCGGGGGCGGGAUGGCAGUGGUGCAUGGGGGGCGCGUAAAGAAGGAGCGCUUGGAUGACCUCUGGCUGCUGCAGGCCAAAGCCCCGCCACACAGCACACCGCCAUCACCCCCAUCCGCUCAUCUCUCUGCACCCAUCUCCCUCGCCUGGCACCGCAUCGCCACUCUCCCCUCCUCCGCGCCCAUGCCCGCCGUGCCUGCACGUGUGGGCGAGGGGGGGAAUGACAGAGGCGGGUGGGGGGGGAGCGGAGCAGUGGGGCCAGCAGGGAGGGCGGCGCACUCUGUGGUGCACUGGGGGCGGUCGCUCUUCCUCUUUGGCGGCUAUGGUGGCAACGACCAAUCAUACGCCGACCUCUUUGCUCUCCGGAACCUUCCUGCCGCCUUCCCAGCAUCCAGCCAAUCACCUGCUGCCACAUCUGCAGGCGAGCAUGAACAUGGGGGAAGCGAGAUUCCAGGCCUCCAGUCAGCUGUCCCCAGACUGCUGCGAGCCAAUCGUGGAGCGACACGUGUCAGUGCAGGGGUUGCUGCUGGCACACGUGGGGCAGCAAGAGUAGGCCCGUGUGAUCGACACGUGGCUGUGGGAGGAGAAGGAGGGGGAGAUGCAGAAGCAGGGAAAGUGGCAAAGGCAGAGGGAGAGGGCGAUGGUGGUGUGGUGAGGUGUGGGCGUGGCCGUGCAGGGGAGGCCACAGGAGGGAGGGGAUUAGAGGCUGGUGAGACACGAGUGAUGGGACAGCAGAAGCAGAAGCAGCAGCAGCAGCCACAGCCCACUCAGCAGCAGCGGCAGCAGCAGCAGCAGCAGAGGCAGAGGCAGCAGAAGAAGCAUCAGGAGCAGAAGCAGCAGCACCAGAGGGAGCAGCGGGAGUGGAAGGCAGUGCAGCGGCAGCAGCUGGACCUGGUGGGUGGCGACGUUCGGCAGCUAGUGAGGCAGAGUCCUUUCGCUGGCAGGGAGAGGGGCGGCAGGCGAGGGGAGGAGGGGUCUGGAGAGGUGAGAGGGAGGGGGGCAAGGGAGGAGGGAGAGGAGGGCGAUGGGGGAAGGGGAGGGGAUGUGAGGGGAAUGGGAUUUGGAUUGAGGGGAGGGGUGGAGGGAGCAGCAGCGGCAGGGGUUGGGACGGCGAAGGGGGGUGGAGCUGUGGGCAUAGAUAGGCUGGGUCUAGGUGUGGGUAGGGAAGGAGGCUCAGAUUCCGAGGCAUCAGGUUCGGAAACAGGUCCGGUGGGUGGGGAUGAGAGGGAGGGUGGGGCGAAGAGAAGGAGGAUGGACCAAGAUCAAACUUUUGCUGCCGGGGAGAGGAGAGAUGGGGAGGAGGGGCAUUCAAGAGGAAGGAGGGGAGUGGGGGGAAGGGGGGAAGGGGUCAGAGGCGCAGAGAUGGCGGGAGGAGGGGCAGCUAUGACUGCAAGGGGAGAUGAGGGAGGUGGCGGGGAGGUGGGACGAGGGGGGAUGACCUGGGGAACAUUGGGGGGAACGUUGGGGGGAACGUUGGGGGGAACGUUGGGGGAAACGUUGGGGGGAACGUUGGGGGAAACGUUGGGGGGAACGUUGGGGGAAACGCUGGGAGAAGCGGUGGGGAGUAUGCUUGGCAGGGAGAAGAGAGUGGGAUGGGGGGAAGUGAGGGGUUGUGAGGGGGAGAGGCUAGGAGACAGUGGCGCAGAGUUGAGGGGAGGUGGGGAAGGAGGAGUAGGGGAGGAAUGGGGAUGCAUGGACUUGCGCGAGGAGAGGGCAGGAGGUCAUGAGCAGGGAGGGGAGCAAAGGGGGAAGGAGGGGGGUGAGCGUGGGGAGACGAGAUUAGGCAGAGGCGGGAGUUGUAGGGAUGGUGCUGUGAUGAGAGCAGGGGUUGGGGUGACGGGAGAGAGGGGGGUAGCAGGUGGGGCGGUGGGGGCAGAGGAGAGGGGCAACUGGCGCACAGGCAGGGCAGGGGCAGUUGGGGUGGAGAGGUGUGGUGGAAGCAAGGGGAGGGCGGGAGAGGAGGGGAGAGAGGUGGUGAGGGAGCGAGUGGGGGAAGCACAAGGGAUAGAGAUGGAUGGAGUGGGAGAAGUGGGAGGAGGGAAGGGCGUGCAUGGAGCGAAGGAGGUGCAAGGCGUGCAUGCGAUGGCUAUGGGCAUGGAGGAGCGUCUUGCAUCGCUGGAGCGAGAUGCGCUUCUGCGAGCGGCCAUGGAGCAGCAGAUUCGGACGCUCUCACACGAGCUCGCAGCCGCCAGGGCUGAGGGGGCAGCUGCGAGGGCGAAGGGCGAGGCAGCGCGGAGGAGGCUGGAAUGUUCCGAAAAGGAGCUCGCAGCAGCGAAGGCAGAGGGGGCAGCAGCAAGAGCACAAGAGAUGGUGACAAGGGCAACGCGUGAACGGAUGCAGAAGGAGGUGUCAGCAGCGAGGGAGGAGAGGGAGGUGGCGAGAAAGUUAGUGCAGCGAUGUGAGGGUGAGGUGAGGGCAGCACGGGCGGAGGGGGAGGCGGCGAGGGCAGCAGCGAGGGAGGAGGCGGUGCAGAGGGCAGCGGCAGAGAGGGAGCUGCGUGGAGCUGUGAGCUCUUUGGAAGCUGAGCUGGCUCGUGCCAAGGCACAGGGUGAAGAGGAGCGGCGGCAGAGGGAGGUGCAGAGGCGGAAGGCGGAGGAGCAGCAGCAGCGGGCGUGUGAGCUAGAGAGGCACGUGGGGGAGGGCGAGGCGAGGAUGAAGCAGCUGGAGGCACAGCUAGCUCAGGCGACUGCGGAGGCUCAGGAAGCAACUAAGCGGGCGAGCAGCCAGCAGCAGGAGGCUCAGAAGCUCAGAGGAGAAUUGCAGGAAGCACAUGAGGAGGUCAGUGCUGCUGCCGCUGCUGCUGCUGCUGCUGCUGCUGCCGCUGCUGCUGCUGCUUAUGAUCGCUUCUCACUGACAGCGAGGUGCGAUAAGGAGCAAUCCCGAGCAGCGCAGCAGCUUGCCGCAGCUCAGGCGCAACUGGGGGAGGUGCAGGUGAGGGAGGGAUGGAAGGAACGUGGGAGUGUGCGCGACUCCAGCCCAUCCCUCCCCCCCUUUGUCUACGCUCUCCAAUCUCAACUCGACCCUCCCUUGCUCGGCCCUUCCUCUCCCUUCAUCUCCCCUCUGCCUCCCCUUGCCUCCCCUCCGCCUCCCCUUUGCCUCCCUUUUGUCUCCCCUCCCUUCUCGUCCCUUGGCUGA